UGUCUAGUAAUGCAGCCCAUGAUGAUAUCUGUGAAUUAAAACUCACUGCAAAGCUAAGUGCAUUCAGUAUUACAGUGUGUGAUCAGACCUGUAGAAUUGCAGACAUUAGAAUACAAGGAAUGGAUGCAUCUGUAGCUAUGAAAACUAAAAAGAUUAAAGUGUUCUCCAGACUUGAGGACAUUGUAAUUACAAAUGUUGAUCCAAAAACAAUCCAUAAAAAGGCUGUUUCCAUAAUGGGAGAUGAAGUGUUUAGAUUUCACAUGUCACUUUAUCCAGAUGCUACUGCAGGGGAAGCCUAUGCUGAUAUGUCAAGGGUGGAUGGUAAAAUGUCUCUGAAAGUGGGCUGCAUCCAAAUAAUUUACCUACAUAAAUUCUUUAUGUCUCUCUUGAACUUCCUAAACAAUUUCCAAAUGGCACAAGAAGCCCUGACUGCAGUCACUGUCCAGGCAGCAGAAAUGGCUGCUUCUAGCAUGAAAGACUUUGCUAAAAAGAGCUUCCGCCUCUUAAUGGAUGUCAACUUGAAAGCUCCAGUUAUAGUUGUUCCUGAAUCUUCAACUUCAUAUAAUGCUUUGGUAGCUGAUCUUGGCUUAAUCAGAGUUCAGAAUGAAUUCAAGCUGGUGUCUUCAGAUGAAUCUUCUCUUCCUCCAGUCAUUGACAGCAUGGAUGUGCAGCUAACUCAUUUGAAAUUAUCAAGGUGCAUUAUAUCCACAGAUUCUCAACCAGAUUCUGAAAUUCUGUGUCCUGUGAGUUUGACUUUACUGGUCCAGAGAAAUUUAGCAGCAACUUGGUAUCAUAAAACCCCAACAAUUGGUAUCAAAGGAGACCUAAAACCAAUGCAGAUUGCACUCAGUGAAGAUGAUCUAACUGUUGUCAUGAAAAUUUUACUGGAAAACCUUGGAGGGGCUUCUUCCCAGCCAGAUACUGUGCAAGAGAUCAUUGAAGAUACACAGAUACUUAAAAAAGGGAAAGCUGCAAAUGAAUCUGAUUUCUGUGAGGGUCCUCUUCUUGCUUUUGGACAAAAAAAUGUUUCUACAGUUCAGUCUUCUGUGGAAUGUUAUACGACACUUAAAUUUGACUUUAAUUUUGAGUCACUUUCAGUAACUCUCUACAACAGUGAUACGAAUCAGAAGUCUCUGCUUUCGCUGCAUACUGACAAAUUACGCCUUGGUGAACUCCGACUGCAUCUCAUGGCAUCAUCGGGGAAGAUGUUUUCAGAUGGCUCAAUGGAUAUUAAUGUUAAACUCAAGACAUGUACCCUGGAUGAUCUCAGAGAAGGAAUUCAGAAUGUGACUGCAAGAAUGAUAGACAAGAAAGAUGACACAAAUGACAGUUCUAUGAUAGAUAUAAGCUACAAGCAGGAUAAAAAUGGAACUGAACUCGUUGCUGUCCUUGACAAGCUGUAUGUAUGUGCCAGUAUGGAAUUUUUGUUGACAGUAGCAGAUUUUUUCAUUAACUCAAUGCCAGCAUCCUCAGCUGAAAGAUCUGCACAGUUCCAAUUAAAGCGUGUUGCUUCUGGGAAGUCCAAGCCAGAAACAGAAACAUCUGUACUGCCAAAUAUGACAGUAAAGGCUGUGAUCAUGGAUCCAGAAAUUGUAUUUGUUGCUAAUUUGACUGAUGCUAAUGCCCCCGCCUUAAAAGUUUCCUUCCAGUGUGACUUUUCGCUGACAUCUGGAAAGCUUGCACAAAGGAUGACUGCUCAAGUGAAGGGCUUCAAAGUGUUGGCCUGUGCCUUUCUCAAAGAAAAACAAGACAAGAGUGUUACUACAGUGUUACGGCCAUGUUCUUUGGUUAUGGAAAAUAUGAUGCAUGUCUCAGGGUUACAAACUGUGGUAGUAACAAUAGAAGAACUUACUAUAAAGAUCUCACCAAUAAUUCUGAAUACUGUGAUGACCAUUAUGGCUGCCAUAAAACCCAAAACAACAGAGGAGGAUUCUAGAGGAGCAACUGAAGUUUCUGAGAAUUUGUGGCAAGUGAAGCCAAUAGAUCAGUGCAGUGCUUGGUUUCUUGGUGUUGAUGUAGCCACAGAAGCAACAGAAACUUUUAAGGACCGUGAACAUGUUCUGAAAGAAGAGAAAUUUGACAUUGUAGUGAAAUCAGUUCAGAUCACCUUGGAAUGUGGUCUGGGACAUCGUACUGUCCCUUUAUUGUUAGUAGAAUCCAUGUUUUCAGGUGUCCUUAAAAACUGGUCCUCGCUGAUGGAGGUCACCGCUGAUAUGUCACUGGAGAUUCAUUAUUACAAUGAAACCUAUGCAGUGUGGGAGCCACUUAUUGAACGAAUUGAAGGAGGAAAGAAGCAAUGGAGUUUAAAGCUGGAAAUGAAGACUAACCCUGUCCAAGAGAGAAGUUUGAUGCCUGGGGAUGAUUUCAUUAUUCUUCCUGAGCCACAAACUGCAGUUAACAUCUCUUCGAAGGAUACAAUGAACAUAACAAUAUCCAAAUGUUGUCUUGCUGUUUUCAGUAAUUUAGCCAAG